UAGAGAGAAAACCCUAGAUGUGUUAAAACCUCAAUACCCUACUUUUGACUUGCUUCGCUGAAGAACAAAUGGUGUGGUUUCAGUGCGAAGACUGUGGUGAGAACCUCAAGAAGCCAAAGCUUCCCAAUCACUUCAGGAUUUGCUCUGCCUCCAAGCUAUCUUGCAUCGAUUGCGGAGAGAUAUUCGGGCAGCAAAGUGUUCAGAGCCACACGCAGUGCAUUACUGAAGCAGAGAAAUAUGGUCCUAAGGGCCAAAAUAAAGUGUCAAAUGGUACCACUCCUAAGUCUAACAAGGACUCAAAGCAAAAACCUGAACUUGAUAUAAAUGUGGGGUUAUCUGAACAACCCCCAUGGUUUUGUAGCCUUUGUAACACUAAAGCUACCAGUAGGCAGACCUUGCUUCUUCACGCUGAUGGAAAGAAGCAUAGGGCAAAGGCCCGAGCUCACCAUGCUGCUAAUCAACCCAAACAGUCGGAAGAAGCUCCAGAUAUGAAGCUUUCAAUGGAAAACACUGCAAAGGGUGAAGUGUCCAACAAUAAACAUGUAGAAGAACCAAAAGUGCAAGACUUUCAUAAAGAUGAAACCAUGCAUAUAAAUACGGAAACAGUGGAUGUAAACUUGCCAUCUAGUAAAAAGAGAAAACAUCAUGCAUCUGAAAAUGAUGGUACCAGGAAAAAGGCUGGGAGUGAGGCUUCAGCUGAAGCUGGCAAUGGGGAAGUGAUCCAGGCAGAAGAAGCAGAGAGGUCAUUAAAGAAAGUAAAAAACAACGUGCUUAAAGAAGACAAGUUGGCUGAAUGUAUAUCUACCAAUAUCAGUGAAAACUGUAAAACACAAAUAAAGUGGAAGAAGCUGAUCAAGUCAGCCCUGAAAACUCAUUCGGAUGGAGUUGUGAAGUUGAAAAAACUGAAAAAGCUUGUCCUGAAGUCUCUCCAGGAAUCUGGCGUCCAGGGAGAUAAAACACAACUCAAUAAUAUGCUUGAGCAGAAGAUCAAUUCAAGCUCCAGGUUCACAGUUGAUGGCAAAUAUGUCCGUCUAGUGGCCAAAGAUUGAAAGUGUUUAGGGAAUUGCUAGUUGAUAAUAGCAUCAAUUGGAGUAAUUUUUUUAAUUCUAUUGAUUACACCAUUGGUUAAGAAUAUACGUUUAGGCGGUCCUUGUUUUUGCGUUUGGGCUAAGAUAUCUGUUACUCGAUGGAGCCUAUGCUUUGUACUCCUCUUUGUCCUUUAUUACGAAAAAAAAAAAAUUGUUAUUUAUAAUGUAAUGAUAUUAUAGAUGACAGUUUGGGUGCGAGUUUAAUUAAAUUUUGAAGAGGAAAUUGAUUGGUA